UCUGCACUGACAACAUGGAAGAGGAGUGUGUGACUGGUCUGUACAAGUCUCUAGGCGUCUCUGUAGGUGCGGAAUUCUCCCCCGAGGAUCUGUGUGUGGUCUUCCACAAGGUGCUGCAUCAGCCCUCCAGCCAGGAAGAUGCACUCACAGCCACAAGGAAGGUGGCAGGGGAGGACGACAGCUGGUCCUGCUCUGGAAGGAACGUUCUGGAUGUUCUCCUGGAGAUGGAGACAGAGCGAGGAAGGAGAGAAGAGCGCUACUGGGACCUCCAGCUGCUGAGCGUGGGGACACAGACACAUCCAUCCACAUCCACACCAGAGACACACACCACAUCCAGUGACCGGGAGGACCGCUUAGAGAGAGGGAGGCUGGCAGGAGACAGAGAGCAGGGGGAAAACAGCAGAGGGUGGAUGUGGAGACUGAGGAGGACAGCUAGACAAUGCUGGGCCAGACUGGUAGUAGGUGGUGUGUGUAGCGUCCUACCAUCUCUGAGCCAAGGUGAGAUGUCAGAGAGCGUGGAAGGGACUUGGGCUGGAGUUCACACGCUGAGGUGUGUCUCCGUAUCAGAGCUCCAUCUACUGGUGGAAGUGAAGUACGACACAGUCACUCACACCCUCUGCACAGAGAUGCUCCAGGAAGACAUGGGCCAGGAGAACUGGGAGAACCUGUUGCCAUGGCAGCGGGAAGAGAGGGUGGCGGAGCUGGGAGAGAGGAUCGAGGAGGCACUGGAAACAGGCGACCUGCUGCGUCUGUGUGAUCUGCCUGGAGCAUUCAGGAUAUACAGGUCCCAUGAGGGCGUGUCAUCGAAGAGUUGUCCUGAUUCGAUACAACCAAAGGUAAAGUUUUGGACGGCCAUCUCCCUCCUGGCUAAGAUUCAGGCUUCCCAACAGGAUGAGAAAAAGGAACUGACAACGCUGAGCAAAAGGUUGGACCAGCCAGCCCUGCAGCUGCUGAGUCUGUACGUCCGACUGGCCACAGUGAGAGCCCAGCGGGAGCUGCAGUCCCCAGGAGCCCUGCUGGCUGCCUGGCAGGCCUGGCAGGCCUGGCCGUCGCUGAGGAGCCCCGGGAUUAAAGAGCAGGCCCGACUCUUGCUCCGGGAGCAGGGGGAGGAGGGGAAGGCGGUGGAGCCUUCACCCUGGACCUCAUCCCAGCAGGCUGUGCUGUACUACAUGGUGCUGAGUCAGGAGCAGGAGAGAAGAUACCUGCUCAGGCUGCUGCAUGGGGUCUCCCUGGAAGAUCCGCAGGGGCUAGGAGGCCAGAGCUCAUCUGGAAAGGUACUUACCCCGCGGAGAGAGGUUGCUCUGAGGGAGGCGUGUGUGAGGAAGAUAAAACACACACAUGCCAUGUUGCAGACACACACUCAGACCCAGUCACCCCUGGGAUCUCCUAUACUCCAGCUUCAGCCUCAGUCACAGACCCAGAACCAGACCCAAGACCAGACCAAGAGCCAGACCCAGACCCAGACCCAGGGCCAGACCCUGGAGUCAGUAGGGCCCUCUUCCCAGUUCCAGUGGGGAGCCUGUGCCCUGGUCCUUCUGACCCAGCUCAUGGAGCUACAGGAGGCCCAGGUCUCUGCAGUACUGCCUUCUCUAGUGGACAUGAGGGAGCAGCAUCUACUGGCCCUGAGAAAGGAGCAUGAGUGUGAUCUCAGAAACCCUCGUCUCUACUCUCUACUCACUCUCCUGACCUCAGAAGCCCCGCCCAUCCCCUCCUCCCUCCUCUCCCCCGACCCCUGCCCGGAACCCUCUCCACCAAUCCCAGCCCAGAAUAAUGUCACAGCCGCAAUACCGGAGCAGAGGGCCAUGGAUGGGAACCAAGUUCACACUGACGGGAGGAGGGAGAGACAGGAUAUCUGUAUAGGCUGUGGGGAAACCUUUGAGGAUCUGCCCUACCUGGAGAUCCUAUGCGUCCCACCCACGGUGGAUUCCUCCAACACACCCCAAGCCAGCUCCCUCAUCUCCACUGAAGGGGAGAGCGCACAUGGAUUGGAGGGUGCACAUGUAGGGGUUAAGGUGGGCCAGGAGGGCAGUCCCACCAAGACAGCCCAGAUCUUUGAGAAACAGGACUCUCUCAUCACCCUGGCCUGGAGCAAACCUCCAGAGAAAGUAGCCACAGACGUGUCUGCCGCGGCGGUGGAGCAGGAUUCCUUUUGCAGUGUGCAAGGUGUGAGUCCCUGCGACACGCGCGACACGCCUGGACACGCCGUCGGGGACACAAACCCCCCGGGGGAGACAGACUGCGGGGCUAGACGGCUGGAGGUGCUCGACUCGUCUCUGUUCCGGUCUAGCUCGAAAGCUGGACCGGGACCCAGACAGACUGAAGGCCACACCGUCAAUAUCGGACAGAGAGAGGCUGCUACUGCCGGGGGUGACCAGGCCCUGAGGACGCCGCUGGAGACGGGAGAAGCAAGGUGUGAUGUGGAUCUCUACACACACACCCCGGUCACACACACAGAGACCGCGGGCGCUGUCGACGUGGCACGCACACACUCUGUGCCUGAGGACGAGGCUGGGACGAGCGGUGUUCCUGUGGAGGAGGAGAGCAAUGACGACGUACUCGCAGCGGCGCCCGGUGAGUUUGCUUACCUGGGCGCUGUGGGAGGGCAGCCAGCACAACAGGAAGUGUGCCACGCAGCCACUGAACCCUGGACUCAAAGUGGACCGGAUCAAUCCGCUGUGGACCAGGCGGAAUGUGUCCCUGAGAGUGCGAGGAUGCAAGACUCUGUACUGGGUAGAGAGAGAACCGGGGAGCCCGUCUCUGUGAUGGAGAGGGAGAGAACGAUGCGCAGUCUGGUGGACAUGCAGAAGAAGGUGGAGCACAAGCAGCAGAGAGACAGAGAGAGACAACUGCUACGGGUUCAGGAGCGCCUGUCCAUCAUUCAGAACAGGAAGUCAGAAGAAGACCUGCUGGGCCUAAAACAGAAGGACAGGCUCCGACACCUCACCCACAACCUACCACAAGAGGAUAAGAGCCAGCAGAAUACCGUGGUACGGGAGCGACUGGAGCAGGUGAGGAGGGAACGCUCCUAUGUGAUGCAGUCCAAACGAGACAGGAACACAGCAGGGUUCAAGGAGCUGCUGGCUCCGGUGGUCCUCCAGGGCGCCGAGACGGAGGAAGGGGCAGACUGACGCGGGCUACAGUGGCUGGGCGCUUUACACACGGCCCCCUUCUCGAUGAGCCACGCCUGGCUACGCUUCCAGGCCUCUGAAGAGGCUAUCCACCGACACCCACUACUCUAAGAACAAUAUUGGCUCUUACUAAAAAGAAAUGCAGUGACCUAAAGAUUGUCAUGUUUUAGUUGACAUUGCAUGUCCAGUCCCAGACACAAUCCAAAGCAUGUGUGGAGACGGUGGAUGGUAACUUGAGUUUAUUAUACAGUUUAAUUCUCAUCCUCACAAACAUGAGCAUCAACAAUAACAUUGUUUAUGAAAGACUCCUGUCGUUGUCUGUAGAGAUCGGGCGGCACUCCUUCCUGCAGACUAUAUAUGACAUAUACAAUGAAACAGCCCCAUGGCGCCAUCUGCUCCCUCCACCCGCACCUGGCUCAGCAG